AUGGACAAAAUUGACAUGUCCCAGUUCGACGUGUCCAACUUCGACCCUAACGCCAUCCUGCGGGGAGCCCAGCUUACUCUGGUUGGCGUCAAUCGAGCUCUCCAGAAUCCAGGUCUCUUCACUUCGGACCACUACCGGCAGGCUGCUAUUGCUGUAGCUGCAGGCGUCGCCAUCCGCAUCAUCGUCGCCAUACCCAUUGUCGGGGUCAGAGUGCUGUUAUGGAUCCUCUCCCUCUUCGUCAACAUGGACCACACGAGCAUGGACGAGAGUGUCGUCAACGGCCUCCACUUCCUUGAGCACACCGUCCUCCAGGUGCCCUUCUUUCUCAUGACCAUGAUGCGCUACGUCACACCUACUCUGGAUCGCAUGUUCAUGGACUCCCUCCGUUGGGUCGACGAGACGUACGUGCAGAAGCACAAGACCGAAGACCCCCACAACCUCCGCGCCAUGUAUUACCCAAACCUCGAGAAAUACCCCGACCACGCACCCAAGCCCGAGAAGGAGAAGAAGCCUAUCAAGCAGGCUAUAAUGCUAUAUGCCACAAAACAGGGGAGGAAGGCAGCUAUCUCUUUGGCAGUACUGGCAUUGUCCUACGUUCCGUAUGUAGGACGCUUCGUGCUGCCUGCUGCCAGUUUCUACACAUUCAAGAAAUCGGUGGGAACCCAGCCGGCAGCAGCUAUCUUUGCGGGAUCAUUGCUGUUCCCCCGCAGAUACCUGGUCAGCUUCCUGCAAGCUUACUUCUCAUCGCGAACUCUUAUGCGAGAGCUGCUUGAGCCCUACUUCACUCGUGUUCGCUACAAUAAAGAGCAGAAGAAGCUCUGGUUCAAAGACCGAGCUGGUGUGCUCUUUGGUUUCGGUCUAGGCUUCUACAUCUUUGUCAAGAUACCCCUCGUCGGCGUCCUCAUAUACGGUCUUGCCGAAGCCUCUACGGCAUACCUCAUCACGAAGAUCACAGAGCCGCCGCUCCCGCCCACCGAAGCCGACAAGUUCAAGGAAGAGUCACUGCGCUGGAAGAACAAACACGAGUUCCUGAACUUGCCAUGGCAGCACAUGGACGAAUACAAUCUCGCAAUGCACAAGCCCAAGAUUCAAUCUGAAGUCCGCCAGACACCACGAAAGACGUUCAGCUAG